GGACGUGGGUGCAAUCGGCCGUUCAUUAGUGAAUUCUCCUCCAUCAUCGUCGCCGCUACCGGGCCGACUUUUGUGCAGUAUCCCGAACCUAUUUAAAAUAACCUAUUUAAUUUACAGAGACAGAGUCAACCGACAUGUGACUAUCCUUGUUCUGGACACACUGUCCGUGUAAGGGGAAGACAAAGAGAGGCGCUAACCUCAUAACGGUCGCUGCUCAUCUCCGCUCCUCCCGGUUAUCUUUGCUCUGUUGCAGCUAUGGCCGGCUCUCUGCUCCCGCUGUUCGCCGUCCUGAUGUCAGCCUGGUCGGUUGUCGGUGACCCGGAGGGACCCGUUCAUGUCGACGGAGCCCCGCCUUCUAAAAUAGCGGUGGUUGGGGCGGGGAUAGGAGGCAGCGCCACGGCCCACUUCCUGCGGCAGCACUUUGGCCCUGAGGUACAGGUGGACGUGUUUGAAAAGGGUGAGGUCGGGGGUCGUCUCGCCACCGUAACUGUCAAUCACAAUGACUACGAGUCUGGAGGUUCUAUCAUCCACUCCCUCAACCUCCACAUGCAGGAGUUUGUCAAACAGCUUGGUUUGAAGUACCGUCGCAGCGUGGCGGGAAAGACGGCGGUGUUUAACGGCAAGGAGGUGAUUCUGGAAGAGACAGACUGGUACCUGCUGGACCUGUUCCGGCUUUGGUGGCGCUAUGGGAUCAGCUUCAUACGACUGCAGAUGUGGGUUGAGGAAAUUAUGGAGAAAUUCAUGAGGAUAUACAAGUACCAGGCCCACGGUUAUGCCUUCAGUUCGGUGGAGGAGCUGCUGGACUCUCUCGGGGGGAGUGGCUUCAUCAACAUGACCCGGAGGCCGCUCUCUGAUUCAUUGCUGGAACUGGGUGUGUCGCAGCGUUUCAUUGAUGAGGUCAUCGCACCCGUCAUGAGAGUCAACUACGGACAGAAUGUCAGCAUCCCUGCCUUCAUAGGCGCUGUGUCUUUAGCUGGUGCCCAGAACAACCUGUGGGCGGUGGAAGGAGGCAACAAGCUGGUGUGUUCUGGCCUGCUGAAGGUAGCCAACGCUAACCUGCUGCAAGCACAAGUCAAGGCCAUCUCCCCCGUCCAGUUAGGGGAGGCGCUCCAGUACCAGCUGAGCUUCAGCACAGCAGCAGGGAUGGGAUCAGAGCUGUAUGACAUUGUGGUAUUGGCAACGCCGCUCCAGGCCAGUGUCGGGUCUGGAAUCCAGUUCCAAGGUUUCAUACCUCCAUUUGACCAGCUCCCAGGCAACUAUCAAAGCACAGUAGCAACCAUUGUCCAUGGUUACCUCAACACCUCUUUCUUUGGCUUUCCGGACCCUCGCCUGUUCCCUUUCGCCAACAUCUUGACAACUGAGACAACUGACCUAUUCUUCAACAGCGUGGCUAGUGUUUGUCCCGUCAACAUCUCAGCGGGCUUCCGGCGUAAGCAGCCGCAAGAGGCUGGAGUCUAUAAAGUAUUCUCGCCACAGCCUCUGGACAAGUCUCAGCUCAAAACACUCUUCAGGUCGUACUACUCGGUGCAGGUGACAGAGUGGCAGCCCUACUCUCAUUAUGGCAGCAGCCAGGGUCUGCCGCCUGUGGAGCUCCACCCCAAUCUCUACUACCUCAAUGGUAUUGAGUGGGCCAGCAGUGCCAUGGAGAUGAGCUCAGUGGCUGCCAAGAACAUCGCCCUGCUGGCUUACCACCGCUGGAACAGACAGACGGAUAUGGUGGACCAGAGAGAUCUGAUGCACAGGAUCAAGACUGAAUUAUGACCUCGUCACCUGAAAGCCAAGACGCACUUCAGUAAAGAUACACUCCGAAGUGUUUGUGGAGGGAGGCAGAGAGAUGGCCUCUGGGUAAUUGUAGCUCGUAUGGCAUCAUAAAAGUAGAGGUCUUCACAGUUCCACUCGGUUCUCACGAACUGAGACUCAACCUAGGACCCAUGUCCAAAUUCCAAAUUCUACUCUGUCUGAUCAGUUCAGGUAGGGUCUCGUUUCACUGCUACGAGUCUCGGGUCUUUGUGUCAUUAUGUCCAACACCCGAGUCGAUCCGAUUGGACCCAAGCGAACGUGGUAUCAGUUCAUUCACACUGCGGGAGAAAAUCAUGUGUUUUGAGGCGAGAAGGAGGAUGAGAACUGUGAACUUCACAGUCAUUUCACUGGUGAUCAUCACUGACCUCAUGUCAUAUAUCAUUCAAACACUGUUCUGAUUUUUUAUUUGAAAUGGAAAUAACCAAAAUCAGACAAGGAUGCAAUGCAUCUUACAGCUUUGUUCCGAGCAGGGAACCAAGCUUAUUGUAGGAAAAUCCAUAAUAUGUAAGAUUUAUGCUAUUAAAUGACAGGUUUCUGGAAUUUGAUUCACAGAUAUUAAACAGGUUAGGAAAUUGUCUUUUGUCCACCAAAAAAAGUUUUGUACAGAAAUAUACAGAAUGAUUCAUUGUUGGUGGAGGAGGUGGAAAUUGGAAUUUCAGUUAUUUAUAUAAAUUUGUCUUUGAAGCAUGUAAACAAAUUAUUUUAAUUUUUAUGAAUUUACAUUCGUUCUUAGGACAUUAUUAUCAUUAUAUUGCUCCUCUUUUCUACCACCGCUUUGUAAUGGAUUGGAAUAACUGCUGCCAGUGUUGGUGUUCUCUCGCUAUUAGGAUCUGUUCGGGUCAACCACAUUUUCGGGUCUCUGUUUUCCACAGGUCCCUUUUGGAUCAGGUCCAACAUUUUGGACCCGUGAAGACCACUAUCACAAAGCGGAUGUGCACACAUGCUACUUCUUAACUGAAUAUAUCUCUUGCUGAAUUUUGUUGAUUCAGAAAAUGUCCAUAUUAGAGUAGUCUCCAGUAGUAAAGUAUAUUUAGAGACACGUCCAAGUAAUUUAAUUACUUUUGUCAAAUAAAUCUAAUACACCAAAUCAGUGAUAAAUACGCUGUUAAAGGCAAACAGAAAAACUAGUUGGUAUCAAAUUUAAAUCAAGACAAAAUUCAAUUUAAUCGCACCACUAAAGACAACUGCUGUGCUGCGUUACUGUCCAAAGGCCUUUUUGGUUUUACUGAUUGCUUCGUUCUCAACAUGUCUCAUACAUCUGCCAUGUCACGGCAGAUGUAUGAGACAUGUUGCAGUAUGCUUUUGGGAUUGAUUGCUAAUACUAAAAUGGGGUUUAAUCCAAAAAUUCAGCCGCAGGCAGCUUUUCUUUGCCAAGGAAUUUGGAAACCAAGCAGCCAUGGAAAACACCAGCUGAUAUUUAUCACAGUAGAAAGUAAAUGGACUGUAGAGAAAUGGUUUUCUUGAAUUGCUGAUGUUCUGUAUAAAUAAAUAUUCCUGUGUGUCCAAGUCAAGAAAACACUUUGACGCUCAUGGGUUCAAGAUUAAGAGCAUGAAUGAGACACUUUUAAAUGGCUGCUUUUUGUCUGCGCUUUAGCAGCUACGAGGCAUGAGACAGAUCAGUGCAGUCACUGAAUUAACUUUACCUUGAGGCACAUCAACCUUUGAUGUCUAAUCAAAAACAACUGCGGCACUGCUGUUACCUUCUACACUGUUAAGGACUGUUAAUGGACCUGCUGUUGGCACUAAGGAGAUCUCAUUAACGUAAUUUCAGUAGUAAUUUUGUAAAUUAAUAAAGUCGAUAUUCAGUAACUCAUGGUAUUGGCCACUGGCGCUAUGCUCUAUUGCCCCUUUCAUCAGACUCUUUCAUUAUCUCCCCUUCCUGCUGCUUUUGUUGCAUUAUCCAGUGGAAACUUUGGUUUUUUUUUUAUUAGGGAGAAUGGAACCAACAAGCUUUCACACUGGACCAAAUAAAAGCAGAGGACAGGUCUGUUCGAUCUGCUGGUGCAGAUGAUUUUUCCCUUUUCUUUCAAGCCCUAAACCCUCGUUGAAAUCCUGCUUUUUUUUAAUAAGCGCUGUUAUCUUGGAAAAUUAGAGUUUGACAUUCAAAUUCCAGAAAUGGAAAACGCUAAAAAGGAUGUGGUGAUAAGAAACUACUGACUGUUGUUUAUCUUCAAAAGACUUUGAGCAAUGCCUUCUUUUAUUAAUUUUUAAUUUAUAACAGUGGAUUUGAACUGAAGUGGAACUCUGUACUCCUCACUUAACUGUUGUGAACUGAAAAACCUUGUCACUCCAAAGGGCUUAAAUUGAUGGAUAAUGUGAUGUGGCAUGUGAUGAGAAAACGCCGCAACCCUUUAGUCUGAUGAAUUGUUUCAAAACCCCAUGAUGGUACCAGAAAUGAUGGUGGUCAAGCUGAAAUGAAGACCGUAUAUCUUUUGUUCUGAACAGCUGACUUUUCUGAACAUCAAGGUUUUCACUUAGCAGCAGCUUCUGUAUGUAAAGCAGUCAAAUAUUUGUGGCAGUGGUACCUGAUGUGCUAUGAGGUAGAACAAAUAAAUAGUACAAAUAUACACAAGGAACAUAAUGAAACCAUCUUAAUGGUGGACAAAACAAUCCAAAUUCAAGGUCCACUUACUAGCUGUUUUGUAACUUUCAGCUGUAUCAGGCAGUCUUCAUCAUCAGAAGGAGUGUGCUCAGUUGUAAUAAAGAUGGAUCUGUUAACAAGAAGCACUUUUAGGCAUUCUCAUCUGUGUUUUGGCUUAAAAGUUAAGUAUGAUGAAAACGGUGUGAUACGGUUGAAAGCUCCCGAAAAACCUAGUAGGUACUGUAACACCUUUUAGUUGGGAUUGUUUUGUCAAAUUUCUAUUUCCAAGGUUAGAAUGAACUGUCAUGCUCAAUUUCGUGGAUUUUUUACAUAGCGAAGGAAAGUACAGGAUGGAGUUUAAUCUUAAAAAAAUUAAAGACUAUUAAACCCACUAUUAAAUCGCGUGUGAGAGCACCAAUUCCAGAAUAUAAAAGUACUCCAUUACAAGUAAAAUUUUAAUCAUUUAAAAUCCUACUUAAGUAAACGCACUAUGAGCAAAAUGUACUUCAAGUACCAAAGUAAAUGUACUUGUUCUGCCGUAAUGUCCCGUGUGACUGAUAUAUUAUUAUAUGUGACAUUAUUGGGUUCUUAAUACUGAUGCAUCAACAUGUAAGCAGCAUUUAACUGUUGUAGCUGGAGCCAGUUUUGAAGACUUUACGUACAGUCAGGUAGUUUAGUCCACUGGUUCCUAACCUGGGACUCCAAAGGGUCACAAGAUAAAUCUGAGGUGUUGCGAGAUGAUUCAUGGCAGAGGAGAGAUGAUAAAACAAAGUUCUUCUGCACAAUUUAUGUUCAUCCUUUGGAUUUUUCUGUAGUCUUUGAUUUUUUUGUGAAAUAUUGGAUAAUUUGACCUCUUUGGACCUCACAGUUAUUUAAAACAAAAACCAUCUGGGAAUGUCAGAGUUGAAAUGUCUCUGAAGCUGAACCGCUAACCACAUGGAGACAUCUGAAACGUAACAAAGAGCCCCAACCGGGCAGCACUGAAACUACUGGAUUAAUUCAUUAUUUUCACGAUUGAUUAAUCUGGAGAUUAUUUUCUUGAUUAAUCAUUCAGUCUAGAAAAUGUUGGAAAAUUGUGAAAGAUGUUACAAAAAAGAUAUUCAAUUUACAGUGAAACCAAACAGAGAAAAGCAGCGAAUCAUCACAAAUGAGAAGCUGGAUCUAUAAAACUUUUGGCAUUUUUGCUUGAAAAAUUACUUAAACAAUGAAUCGAUUAUAGAAUUAGUUGCCAGUUAUUUUUCUGUCAACCGACUAAUCAAUUAAUGGACUAAUUGUUGCAGCUCUAUUAAAAUCUUUACCUUCAAAGUAACUAGUAACUGCAGCUGUUAGACAAAUGUGAUGGAGUAAAAACUGCAAUAUUUCUCUCUGAAAUAUAGUGAAGGAGAAGUAUAAAGCAGAAUUAAAGUGCAGUACUUCUAUAAAUUAACAGGAGUACAGUAUUUUUUUGAAACUACAGAUUCCCAGAGUUUGCAUGUUCAUUCUUGACAUUAGAAAUAGUAGUUUGACAAAUAAUCUUUAUUCAAGAUCGACUUAUUAGCCUUUUGCAGGGCUUUCAGCUGCAUUUCUGUCAAUUAUUUUGUCAAACAGAUUCUGCGUAACUGUUCAGAUCUAACCACUGGUGCUCUACAAACAGCUUUCUGCUUAAGUACAGCAUGUUGUAAAACAUUUCAUGAUGAAUGUAAUAAUGCAGCUGUUUAUACUGAAUGAUGUGCAUUAUUCUGAAAAUAAAAC